AUGACUCAGGCAAAGCAAGAGGCAGGAGAGAGUGUUGAAAGCAAAAUAGCCACACUGACCAGCCAGUAUGACCCUGUGGAUGAGAAGUUAGAUAAAAACAAAACUGGCAGAUCACUCUUUGUGCAGAUUCAUUCUGCAGCUCAGGAGGAGGAGACGGCUGCAGGAUCCUCACUCAACGAAAACGUGAGACAUCUCAUGGCUUUUUCCAAGCAGCACAGGAUGAAGGAGAUAAUCUUCUUAUUGCUUCUGUCACACUUACAGAGUGGCAGCCUGGAAUCUGCUACCACUGGCAAGCCCUGGCCCAUGAGUAGGGAUGGUGAAACCCAACCAAGCCACGCAGACUUUACUUCACCUCCUACUACAACACAUAGCCUCAGAAACCCGAUGGCAAUCCCUGUGUCCACCCCUUCUGAGAUCCGAACAGCUGCAGCAAGUACACCAUGGGAACAUGCUGUAAGAAUCACUCCUGCAUCCACGGAAAAGGUUCAGGGGUUGAAAACCCUUCCAGAGACCCAAGAAAAGAAAAUCGUCACUCCUACGACACAAUCCAGUGGAAACAGAGAUCAUGGUGGGGCUAAGGCUAAGCAAGGUGUCCUACUGAACAGCACAGGGAGCUUUCCACAGACCAUUCCUAGAAAGAUGCCUCUCCAGCAAGAGACUGUUAAAAGUCAACAAAGAACAGGGAACAGAUCUCCUAGGCUGUCUUACUACAGCGCUGCCAGCACCAGCACUAAGAAGGAUGCUGACUUCAAAAAAUCCAGCUUUGAAACUACCCGGGGGAAGAACUGGUGUGCUUAUGUCCAUACCAGACUUUCACCUACUGUUGUAGUGGACAACCUGGAAACCUUAACAUCAGGCAAAGCAAAGCCAUGUAUCUGGGCUACUGGAGCCUGUACUGUGAGAUCCCAGAUGACGACUCGCCAAGCUUACAGAAUCAAACAUAAGAUUGUGACAUCACUGGAAUGGAAGUGCUGCCCUGGGUACGGUGGAGAAAAGUGUCAGCCCAAAGAGCAACAACAUCAAUUGCUUAUACAUAGCAACCAAGCUGAGAGCAACACAGCUAUCAAUGGGGAGACACCAGGAAACCAGCAGGAUCCCAAUGACCCAGUUACACAAAAAAUGAAUGAGCAGAUUAGCAGCCAAGAAAUGAAACUGACUUUUCUACAGAAGAAGGUUGACAACAUUUCUGCUACCAUGAGUGAUGUGAGCAAGAUACUCUCCUCUCUGGAAGGCAAAAUCAAUGAAGAUAAGGGCAGAGAAUUCCAGUCUUUCCUAAAAGGUCUCAAGUCUAAAAGUAUUAAUGAACUCAUCAAAGACCUUAUCAGAGAACAAUUUAAAGUCUUCCAAAGCGACAUGCAAGAGACAGUGGCCCAAAUUUUCAAGACCGUGUCUAGUUUAUCAGAGGAUCUUGAGAGCACAAAAGAAUUCGUCAAACAGCUGAAUGAGACCCAACAAAAGUUUGCCCAGGAGAAAGAAGACAGGACAACAAACAAUGAAAUCUUGAAGCUGAAGAGUGAUCUGUUACAGAUAAAAGAGGAGAUGAGCUUUGCUUGUGACAAGCCCAUCAAAGAACUACAGGCAAAGCAGAAAUCCUUGGAAGUUGACUUGGAGCAUGAGCAGUCAAGAAGCACCAUUUACUAUGAAUCUCUGAAUAAGAGUCUUACAGAGAUGAAAGAGGUCCAUGAGCAAUUGUUAUCAGCUGAACAGAUGUCAGACAAAAAUGUCCCUCCAAUAGAUAAAGCCGUGGAUGAUAAUGUUACAGAAUAUAUUCUCACUCUUCAAGAGAAAGUAAAGAAACAUGGCCUAAUAGUGCUGCAGCUAUAUGAUGAUUUAAGAGAACAAGAUAUCAAGAUCAGUAAUCUUACUGUAAGAUUAGCAAUUCAGAGAGAUUCUCUUCAUACAGAAUGUGAAGACAUGUUGUCAAAGUGCCAGAAUGAUUUCCAAACAAAGCUAAAAGGCACAGAAGAGAAUGUGCACGUCUUAAACAAAACCCUAGCUGCUAUUGUUUUUCCAUUGGACAAUAAGAUGGACAAAAUGAAUGAGCAAAUUAAUGAUUUGUGUUAUGAUAUGGAGAUCCUCCAGCCCUUGAUUGAGCAGGGACCACCAUUUAGUCUGACAGCAGACUAUGAACAGCAAAUUGAAGCAGAAGCAAUCAGCCGGAAGUUGGAAAACCUAACUACUGUAGUGAACAGUCUGAGUUCCACCAUGAAAGAACUUGUCAAAAGUCAGGAGGAACUUAAAAGCGAGGCUCAAAUUCGAGAUGAAAUCUUUGACAGACGUAUUAAUGAAUGCCUCGUGGACCUAGAAGAUGGCUUAAAUAAAACUAUGAUCAUUCUAAACAAUGCUGUUGAUUCCAUUCAGGAUAACUUCGUUCUGAAGGAUACUCUAAAUGUCCUGCAAAAUAAGACUGAGGCCUGUUGUGGUGAUGCUGAGAAAAUGGACAGCAUAUUGGCAUUUAUUCCCCAGUUCCAGCAGAUGAAUGAGUCCUUUCAGACACUGGUCAAUGACAAUCAAAGGCACCAGUAUACUUCAAAAGUAACUCAGGAUCUUUCAGAUUUUCCACAUGAAGAGUAUGAGGGAAAAAGCUUCUCUGGCCUCAGAAAAGUUUACCAGGUUUUAAACGAAACAUCAUUCAAAAUGGCUGAGCAUCGACAAAACAUCAGUCACCUAGAAGAAAUGCUGGUACACUCUUCAGAGGUAUCAAAAGAUCAAGAAGUUCGGCUACAAAGCAUAGAGUCAAAAGUAACCAAGCUUUUGACUAAUAAUUGUGUUUCUCUAAAAAAAGGCAAAGUUGCUUCAACAGAACAAGAACAGCUUCAGACACUGAGUUCAAGACUCAAGACCCUGGAAGCCAAGUCUAUCCGUGUCUCAAAUAAUAUCCCUCUUUUAAACAAGACUGCUUAUGAAGCUAGGCAGCUGUGUCAGGAUGCCUCAGCCAGCAUUCAAAAAGUGAAUGCUAGUGUACCCCAGUUAAUUAAACUUGCUCAACCUGAUAUCCCACUGCUACAGAGAGGCCUGAAAGAGCUCAUAGAAUCUGUGUUAGAAAUAAAAACAGGGACUGUCCUUUCUAAUUUAACCUGGUAUGUGGAUAAGUCCAUGGCUGACGCUCUGAGCAAUAUUUCCAAACUUCAGAAGCAGAUGAAACAGGCUGUAAAAAAACCAGCUGUUGCAAAAAAAGGAACAGUGAAUGCCACCACAAGUCUGGCAGGCCGAAGCCAGAGGAACACGGACAAUACUGUAGAAUCAGGUGAAUAUGUGGGCUGCACUAGCUCUCCCUGUCAGAAUGGAGGAACCUGCAUCAAUGAAAAGCAGAGUUUUAUUUGUGCUUGCCGCCACCCCUUUGGAGGAGUCAACUGCAGUAUGAAGUUGGCGGAUGAAAAUGCUGUGACUGUAGAUUUUUCCAAAGGAUCUUACAGAUAUGCACCUAUGGUGGCUUUCUUUGCCUCUCACACCUAUGGGAUGACUACUCCUGGCCCCAUCAGAUUUAACAAUCUGGAUGUCAACUAUGGAUCUUCCUAUGUCCCAGCAAGUGGAAAGUUCCGUGUUCCAUAUCUUGGGGUAUAUGUUUUUGAGUACACCAUUGCAUCAUUCAGUCCUCGCAUCUCUGGCUAUUUAGUGGUUGAUGGACUAGACAAACUCGCUUUCCAAUCUGAAAAUGUCAGCGGUAACAAGUACAUUGACAAGGUAAUAACUGGGCAUGCUUUACUAGAGCUAAACUACGGUCAAGAAGUCUGGCUCAGACUGGCAACUGGCUCCAUCCCAGCUAAGUAUCCACCUGUCAGUACAUUUACUGGUUACUUGUUGUACCGUACAUAAGUCAGCCAUAAAUGCAAAAUACCAUUUGAAUGAAGCAGUUUGAAGAGUUAUUUAUCUGUACCUUGAAUAGCCUCCUCUCCUGCAAUUUAAAUUCCAUCGCAUAAUAUUGGUUCUCUCUAAGAAAGUUGUUCUCCUCCAGCAGGACAGGUGGAAUUUUAAGAGCCCAGGGGCUUGAUUCUCCACAACCUUGUUCCUUGUAUGACCAUUUACUCCAGUGACAAGAGAGUCCACAGGGAUAUUAAUAUGAAAAAAAAAUCACAAAUGUAAGUGAGUGGAAGCUUCUGAACUGAUCAUGUUUUAUGCUCACAUACCAUGCUCACUGUAUGUCUACUUUUACAAGGCAGUGAAAAAUCAAACCCGAGGUUUGGAUGCGUUGGGUCAAAUUUUGCCCUGAUUUUCCCUGUGCAACUCCCUGUACUCCAAAGGUGUUGCAUAGGUUUGGCAGCUCAGAAUUUGAGCCCCUCUUUAGCUUCUUGCAUCAAGUUAAAAACUAUGUCUAUUUUCUUUUUGGCCUUAUAUAAUUUGUGAGUAUCUUUAUAUUUUAUCUUUAUAAAUUAAUUUCAUACUCAGACAGAAGUUAUGGGCUUGAUACAGAAGUUAUUGAGUAAAGUUCUUUGUCCUAAAUUAUACAGGAGGCCAUGCAGAAUAAUCGUAGUGGUCCUGGCUGGCCUUGAAAUCUAAGAAUGAACAGACAAGAUUUUGUUUGUUAAUGCAAAUCAAGAUGGGUUCCUUCUGUCUGAGCCAGUCCAAAUUGAUCUAAUGUGGUAAAGCAGCAUAAUACAAAUUAGUGUAUGUAUCCAAAUACAUAAUGGCUUCAUCUAAACUGCAGGGUUUUUGCACAAGAAGCCUUUUGUGCAAGAGUUUUUGUGCAAAAAUGCAUCCAGACCUCAAAGCCCAUCACAAAAGCUUUUGCACAAAAGAGCUUCCACACUGCACGGACACUCUUGUGCAAGAAAGCUUUGAUAGCCAUUCACAGAAUGGCCAUCAGAGCCCCUGCACUUUUGCCGAUAGGGGUUUCUUACACAAAAACCCCUCUGGAGCAUCCACAACCGCAAAGUAGGCAUAAAAUAUGAUCAAUGAUAUAAAGAAGCAGAAAGCUCUGGUCUUGUAGCAUAUCUUCCCAAAUGGUCUUCACUUUUCUCGAUAUAAAUGUAAAGCCUAGAUUUAAAAAUCAGAAUUUCAAGGCGGAAAAAGCCCUCUGUAAUAGCACGUAUACUAUAGGCCCAACACCACUCAUUAUUUGUUAAUGGAUCUCACGAUGCAUAAAGUGUCAUAAAAAUAUUCUGCAACUCUUUGACCUACGCACUUCAAUGUGCAAAGCCACCAGUGCUAAUGUAGGGGCUUUGUAAUCCUCUCUUCUGCUUAAGAGACUAGCCCUCAACACCCUGAAACAUGUAUGCUUCAGCCCUUUCCUUCCCAUGUACCACCUUUCUGUAAACACUUGAAAUCCCUGAUUUGACUCUAAUUCAUCCUACUUUAUCACUGAAUUUUAUCAAACAUACUAACUGCCCUCAUAUCCAAAUCCCCCCUUGUAUGACCUUGUCAUUUUAAUAAUGUAUUUCUGUGGAUAUGGCUAAAUGGCGUGGAAAUUACCCUGCAGAUGAAAUUCAAAUGACCCACCAGAGAUUUCAUCUCUUUUUAAUGUGACUUUCUUUGCCCUUGCUGCCCUUGCCACAAAAUCCUUCGAGCUGGGUCUCAGACAUCAUAGGCACUAAUUAUAUGUUCACAGCAGCCAGAUUUUGAUAGGUCAUCAUGUUUUUAUUAAUUUUUCUGCCACAAAAAUUCCAAAUUCAUUAGCUAUGGACCAAGAACUCUGAUUAGAAUCCAGGCCUUGAGUAGCAAUAAAUUGGAAAUCAUCUUACCCAGAAGCAAUAUUGCUAUUCCUAUUGCUCCAAUAAAGGGGGGAAAUAACAGGUCUUUAAAAACAUACACACCAAGCUGAAUUUCCCUGCAAAUAAAGCAUAUAUUUUGCAUUAACUCUCACUGAUCUUUACAUAUAAAACAAAGUAGAAUUGCCUCUGGGUAACUGUUAAAAACUUAUAUGCAGAUUCUACAGUGUAUGUAUCUCAGACUUUAAAACUCAUUUCUGGGCAUGUGACUAUGUAUAUAAGCCACUUAAUCUAA